AAUUGUUUUUAGUUUCAAUAUAGAUGAUGGAUGAUGUCCACCAGAAAUGGAUGGUGAAAUCGUUUAGCUUUGCAGAGGAAGCUUUAGAAGCUGGGGAGGUACCUGUUGGGUGUAUUAUGGUGUAUAAUGAUGAAAUUAUAGCUGUAGGAAGAAAUGAAGUCAAUGAAACAAAAAAUGCCACCCGCCAUGCUGAAGUAGUAGCCAUUGACCAAGUGUUGACAUGGAGUAAAGACCAUGAUAUAGAUUAUAGAAGUGUAUUUAAUAAAACAGUUUUAUAUGUUACAGUAGAGCCAUGCAUCAUGUGUGCUGGUGCUCUGAGACAAGUGGAAAUCCCCUUGGUUAUAUUUGGAUGUCGUAAUGAACGGUUUGGAGGUUGUGGAUCCAUUUUGUCCAUACAUGAUGCCAAUAUUACAAGUCUUGGACCUUCUUUUCAGUGUAUAGGUGGAUUAAUGAAAGAAAAAGCUGUUGAUUUGCUGAAAAAGUUUUACCAAGGGGAGAAUCCAAAUGCCCCUGAAGAAAAACGGAAACUAAAGAAAGAGGAAUCAAAGUAG